UGGUGGCAAAUCUCGGGUAUCCGGAAAUUCGAUAUCCGGUCCUCGCAGAAAGGGGUGGAAGCAACCAAGAUGGCACCGAAGCCCAUCAGCCUGUUCCGCAAGAUCGUGGCGUCGGCAGAGUCGUCGAUCCUUUCGACCAAGCAAAUGCUCGGGAUGAAGAUUGCAGUGUCGACCGAUAUGCCAAUUUUCGAGUUUAACAGCCCCGAUAGUGUCAAGGACUGGCUUGUCUCGAGCGACCAAGCGAUCGGAGGCGCGUCCACGUGCACUUUCAAGCACGAGCCUCGGCGAGCCGACGAUGACCCCGAAUCUGGUGCAGCGAUAUUUUCGGGCAAACUCAGUCUGAGCCUCCAACCCACCGAGCAACACGUCGUUCGAAGCGGGUAUUGCGCAAUUCGUGGCAACGUGCCGCGCCACCUUAUGCUGCAUGGGUACGAAGGCCUGGCCAUGCGAAUCAAGACGGACGGGCGUGUGUAUCGUAUCAACGCGCAAGCAGAUAGCUGGAACCCCCACGACUUGUUCAUGGGAUUCCUGAAGGCGCCGCCGAAUGAAUGGGUCGAAGCCGAGCUCAAAUUCAGCGACUUUAUCCUCACGUCGCGAGGGUACACGCAGGUUGAUGACCCGAGCAAGCUCAAUCCGUCAAAGCUGGCCAAGAUUGGGAUUGCUCUCGCCGACGACAAGGAAGGCGAGUUUGAAUUCGCCAUCGAAUGGAUCAAGGCAGUAGAGAAGGUGGCAACGACGAACCUGUACCCGAAGCCGCAAGUUACCCUGAAAGAAGACUUGGAAGUUCGCGACGACGAAGUGAAGGUCGACGACUCGAAGCCUUCUCCAAAGCGACCUCGAAGCCCCGACUUUUUGGUAUAAGAGCGCACCGUUGUGGCAAAGUAAUAAGAAAAAUACGUCGAUUACACUUCAUCUUCGCGCAGCAACAUGUUGGGAAUCCCGUCGACGAUCGGAAACUCACGUCCAGAUUCGGGACACACCAGCACGCCUUUCUUCACGUGCACGUCGAGCAACGCAUGAUGGAUCUGUUUGAGCACAACUUCGUUUGCCUUGUCCUCGGCGGACAACGGGGUGCUCGGGACGUCCACGUUUAAUGCCGCCGCACCCGCCACGAACGCAGCCCAGUCAAGUUUGUCGACCAUUUUCACAAUGAACUCGGCGCUGAAGUCGGACGCAACGAUCUCAGUCUCUUCGGGCUUGAGGAUCAACGGAAAGCCAUUCGACACCCCCUUCUUGUUGCACAUGAGCAUGUUGUGUGUGAUGAGGCGCAUGUCGCUUGGAGCCGUCCUGCCGUCGAUCUCAAC